GCGGCUUUUUCUAACAAAACUUUUAUUUUCUUCAAUAAUAAAUCAGUGAUCCGGAAUUAUGUACACAUCUCCUUGAAAUUUGAUUAAAUUUCAUCUAGAUCACCAAUAAUUCAUAACAGACAGUUUUAUCGUGUUUUUACUACGAAAAAUGUGAAAAAAAAAAUAAUUUUUUUCAUUAAUAUCAAAGUUACUAGUGACUAAAUGGACUUAAUACUGAAAUUAAUCAUAAAAUGAUUCCCAUUUCGAUAAUUUUCACGUUUCUUAGAAUUGUUUUAACUGAGGGAAUUAACGGUAAUAAUAUCAUUUCUGAUCGACUUGCUAACGUAACUCAAACGAUUUCUCGUCUUCUCGAAGGAUACGACAUUAGAUUGAGGCCUAAUUUUGGAGGAGAUCCCCUUCUGGUGGGUAUGGAUUUGACAAUCGCAAGUUUUGAUGCCAUUUCCGAGGUGAAUAUGGAUUAUACCAUUACUUUGUACUUAAAUCAGUAUUGGAAAGAUGAAAGACUUGCUUUUGGUAGCGAUGAUGAAAUUCUAACCCUUUCCGGAGAUUUUGCCGAAAAAAUUUGGGUGCCGGAUACUUUUUUCGCAAACGACAAAAAUAGUUUUUUACAUGACGUGACCGAAAGGAAUAAACUUGUGAGGUUAAAUGGCGAUGGAUUUAUAAUAUACGGAUUGAGGUUCACGACAACUUUGGCGUGUAUGAUGGACUUGCACUACUAUCCUUUAGAUUCGCAAAAUUGCAGCGUUGAAAUUGAAAGUUAUGGUUACACUGUAAUGGACGUGGUAAUGUAUUGGAAAUCGACUCCGGUUCGUGGUGUAGAAGAUGCCGAACUUCCUCAAUUCACGAUAAUGGGUUGGGAAACAAAUGAUCGAAAAGAAAGAUUGGCAACCGGUACAUAUCAAAGAUUGUCCCUCUCUUUUAAAUUACAAAGAAAUAUCGGUUAUUUCAUAUUUCAAACUUAUUUACCCAGUAUAUUGAUAGUUAUGUUAUCUUGGGUCUCUUUUUGGAUCAAUCACGAAGCUACUAGCGCUAGAGUCGCAUUAGGUAUAACAACUGUUUUAACCAUGACUACAAUCAGUACUGGUGUACGCAAUUCCCUACCUAGGAUAAGUUAUGUUAAAGCUAUCGAUAUUUACUUGGUGAUGUGUUUCGUUUUCGUUUUCGCUGCACUUUUAGAAUACGCAGCUGUUAAUUAUACCUACUGGGGAGCUAGAGCCAAAAAGAAAACUAAGAAACAGAAAGACGGAGAAGAUAUUAAAAUAGGUAAAGGUAUCAAUUAGUUUCAGUAGUCUACAGAAAAAUUAUU